AUGGCGUCGCAUAAUGUCGAGGUCUUCGUCAAGGCCCUUUCGAGGCUUCUGGGUUGGAUAUAUACCGUGUGCUGGUCGCUUUCUUUCUAUCCACAACCGUUGAACAACAUCCGUCGCCGUUCGACCUACGGCCUAGCAAUCGAUUUUCCCACCAUCAACACCCUUGGGUUCUUUUGCUACACUAUUUAUUGCCUUGGGUUUCUGUAUUCGCCACUGAUCCGGAAACAAUAUGCGGCCCGUAACCCUGCCUCUCCAGUCCCAUCUGUUCAAUUCAACGAUCUCGCAUUCGCAGCGCAUGCUGUCGUCCUCAGCAGUAUUGUCUACUCGCAAUUCUUCCCUUUCAUCUGGGGCUUCAAGGUUGCGCCGUAUCAACGUGUCAGCAAGCCAGUCGCCGGGCUGUUCUGGGGCUCGCUGCUGACAAUUGUCUUGCUGAUAUUUAUCAUUCUGGGUCAAAGUCCCGAUGGUGGCUCGGACCCAUUGUCUUGGGCUUGGAUUGAUCUUCUGUACGCCAUGUCCUAUAUCAAAGUGGUCAUUACGGUGGUCAAAUACGUCCCACAGGCGUGGCUCAAUUAUAAGCGCAAAUCCACCACAGGCUGGGAUAUCAGACAGAUAUUGUUGGACUUGACGGGCGGAGUCUUAUCGCUAGCACAACUGGUUUUGGAUUCGAGUUUUGAGGCUGAUUGGAGCGGCGUCACUGGCAACCCUAUCAAGUUCUUGCUGGGUAAUGUGACAGUUGUCUUUGAUGUGCUGUUCGUGUAUCAGCAUUAUGUGCUUUACAAGUCUCGCACAGAGCCAGAGGAAGAUGAUGACAACAAGGCUCCUGAUGUCCGGUCACCACUACUAUCUGAGGAAGAUGGCCUACCUCGAUAG